AUGCGCCACGCGAACCUUGCAACCCUUGUCUUCAGGGAAGAAUGGUCGAAGUCCCACAUCGCCGUUCAGAAGUGUGCAAAAGAGCCAAAUACGCCAUGGAGCUCCUGCAUAUCGAUGUUGCAGGACCGUUUGAGGAGGGCCUCGACGGCAGCCGUUACUGGCUCACCAUUGUUGAUGACUUUACUGGAUGGAUUGAGAUUGUCCCUAUACCACGACGACAAGGAUACGUCAUUGAGUCCUUGCGGCAUUUUCUCGACCACAAUGAGCGCCCUGAACGCAAAUGCAGGCGAAUCCGCCUUGACCGGAUUCCGGAGCAAGUGGGAGAAGAUAUGA